GAUUAAAGUCUUUGGAAAGAACACCACAAGAAGACUUAUUUUUAACUUUGUUCAACACAAUGGUUUCUAACAUGAUACUUUUUAAAAACCAAUUUGCUGUUAGUAGAGACAUGUCAGAAAUGUUUCAAAGAUUUCAAGAUGGUGCAGCUUUUUUUAAAUCUGACUCAAAUGUUUUUCAAGCAAAACUUUGCAUCAUAAUUAAAGAUGUUCAUGAAAAUGAUCGAAAAGGAAUUGUUGAUGAGUUUCGUUUCAAAUUUGAUGACUUAGUUAGAGAUCAAGGAGAAGAUAAUUUUAUUACCAGAAUGUAUAAAAGUGGAUUAACUAUUUUACCAUGGCCAUUAUUUAAUGAUCCCGCUUGGUUCAAAACUUUGAAAACUGUCAAAAAAACAUUGGAUAAUCAGAAAGCAAAAUAUGAAAAUGCACGAACAUUUUUACAAAACACUAAAAUUAUUAUGGCCAAAUUAAAAAUUUGUGAGUGGGGAUCUUUGGAUGAAAAUCUUGUUCAAAUAC